AUAUUAGUAUGCAACUCCAGCUGAAUUGACCUGCAACUGAUCAUCAACGAACGAGAAGUAUCAGAGAUCGAGAAAAGAACGGAUUCCGGGAAGAAAUAUAUACGUGAUGGAAGCACUAAUACCCGUUAUAAAUAGACUUCAAGAUGUUUUUAAUACUGUUGGAACGGAUGUGAUCCAGUUACCCCAGAUUGUAGUCGUCGGAAAUCAGAGCAGUGGCAAGAGUUCUGUUCUAGAGGGUCUCGUAGGAAAGGAUUUCUUGCCAAGGGGAAAUGGGAUAGUGACUCGCCGGCCUCUGGUCCUGCAGAUGGUCCAUGUUGAUCCUGAGGAUAAACGAGGAGCAAGCGGAGAAGGCGAAGAAGAGAUCACAGCCGAUGAAUGGGGAAAGUUUCUGCACACCAAGAACAAGGUCUACACUGACUUUGAGGAGAUUCGAGAAGAAAUUCAAAAUGAGACCGAUAGAAUGGCAGGGACCAACAAGGGAAUUGUCCAUGAUGCAAUUCACCUUAGAAUCUACUCACCCAAGGUUCUUAACUUGACGUUGGUUGAUUUGCCAGGGCUAACCAAGGUUCCUGUUGGUGACCAGCCCGAGGACAUUGAAUCUCAGAUCAGAGAGAUGCUCGUCAAGUACAUCGGCAAUCCCAAUUCCAUCAUCCUAGCCGUCACGUCGGCCAAUACAGACAUGGCUACCUCAGAGUCUCUCAAGUUGGCCAAGGAGAUAGACCCGGAUGGUAGGAGGACCUUGGCGGUCAUUACCAAGCUGGAUCUCAUGGAUGCUGGCACCGAUGCUGUGGAUGUACUGUGUGGUAGAGUAAUUCCAGUCAAACUUGGAAUCAUUGGAGUAGUCAAUAGGAGUCAAAUGGACAUCAAUAACAAAAAGGUCAUUGAUGAUGCUGUGAAGGAUGAAUCAGCUUUUCUACAGCGGAAAUAUCCAGCUCUUGCCAGCAGAAACGGUACUGCUUACCUAGCCAGAACACUCAACAGGCUACUGAUGCACCAUAUCAGAGACUGUCUACCUGAGUUGAAGACCAGGGUCAACGUGAUGACCUCACAGUUCCAGCAGCUCAUGGCUUCUUUUGGUGAACCAGUGGAAGACAAGAGUCAGACCCUGCUCCAGAUCAUCACCAAGUUUGCUUCGGAAUACUGCGCAACCAUCGAGGGAACCUCAAGGAACAUUGAGACAUCAGAACUAUGCGGAGGAGCAAGAAUCUGCUACAUUUUCCACGAGACAUUUGGAAGGACGUUAGACAGUAUAGAUCCACUCGGAGGACUUAGAACGAUAGACAUCUUAACUGCCAUUCGCAAUGCUACGGGUCCUAGACCAGCUCUAUUUGUUCCUGAAGUAUCUUUUGAGCUGCUGUCGAAGAGGCAGAUCAGACGACUAGAGGAACCCAGCAUGCGUUGCAUCGAGCUGGUACAUGAAGAGAUGCAGCGUAUCAUAGCACACUGUGGAACGCAAGAUCUCUUACGAUUCCCAAGGCUCCAUGAUCGCAUUGUAGAAGUUGUAACCACACUGCUCAGGAAGAGACUACCAGCCACAAAUGCCAUGGUUGAAAACAUUGUUGGCAUAGAGCUGGCGUACAUCAACACCAAGCAUCCUGACUUUGCUGAUGCUAGUCUGGUCAAUGUACUUGUAGAGCAGAACGAUAGAGAGAACAGCAGGAAAUCUACAAGACUUGCAGAAUCGGUACCUGAGAAUAGAGAGAAGAACGACAAGCAGCCAAAAUUACAGACACCUCAAACCACACCGCUAGACGGGGCUCCCCCUAGGUUGGAUGGUAAGGAGAGUUCAUGGGUUCCUUCAUGGGUGAGAGGAAGUGCACCUAACCUGAAGUCUGCCAGCUCAGAUAACCUGUCUGCUACCAGUACCCCACCACAGAUGAGCAGUCCUAAAGUGGAACGGAAGAGACCAGGCAUCAACCUGCUACCUGAUGUCCCUGAUGUACCAGUUUCUAGGAAACUUUCUUCAAGGGAACAGAGGGAUGUGGAUGUUAUAAAGCGAUUGAUCCAGAGUUACUUCCUGAUUGUGCGUAAGAACAUCCAGGACAGCGUCCCCAAGUCCAUCAUGCAUUUCUUGGUGAACCAUGUGCAAGACAACCUUCAGAGUGAGCUGGUAGGACAGCUGUAUCGCCAGAAAGAGAUCGAUACGUUGCUCAAUGAAUCGGAACAUAUGGCACAGCGAAGGAAAGAUGCUCAAGAAAUGUUACAAGCUCUUCAGAAGGCGGGUCAAAUCAUCAGUGAGAUCAGAGAAACACACCUGUGGUAGAUAAACCUCACCCACAAAGACGACGCAACCACUCAUGUAGCCCUAUCAAUACAAAUUAUGUAGAAACUGAGAAAUGAUUAUUGAACAAAUAUGUGAAUUUUCAAAUAUUCUACUUUUAUUUAUGUUUUCACCGACCUUGAUCUCAUGCUAACUGUAUAUUCAUACCGAGUCAGUACAAAGUAUUUCACAAACUUCUGUUACUUCAGAGUGUUUUUUUGUGACAUGUCAAUCUCAAGUGUGUUAUAUACAUAUACUAUAGUGAAGAUUUGGUCAGGAAAGGUUGAUCCUUUGUAAAUUUUCAUGAGAUAAAGGCAGUAGGGUAUUAAGAAUAACAGUUGGUGUAUAGUUCUAUCUACUUCAUACUAGUUCGGGAACUCAUUUAUGGUUGCUCUGUCGGUAUAUUUGAUACAUCUGAGCAUGUAUCACUAAUGAUAUUGGCCAUGAGAUUUAUUAUUUGUGAGUGUUGUUGAAUACACGACAUGUGAAAUACACUUGGUAAUGGCACUUCCCAAGCUUACUCUUCCAUGAUGCAGAACAAUGCUCACACCCCUGUCCCCUAAACGUGGCGAUAUGUUUAAACUUAAAACCUCACAUCGUUCGGUUUGGGCUGAUAUGUGAUAUUAUGACAACAGAAACUAAUUAUUUUGGUCCCAUUUUGGGCAUUUUGCUAACAUUUGAGAAAAUUGGGUUUCAGUCACAGUGCAUGAGUAAUCGCUCUAUCUUUAGACAUGCAAAAA